UGUUUUCUCUUUGAGAUUCUCAGAAACUUCUAGCAUGCUUAGCUUUGUUUAGCCGAAGACGGGAACGAUGCAACCGAAGCGACAGUGCGUGUGAACGAACAGUUUUUUUUUAGAUAAUAGUCGUCAUUGUGCCAACGUGUGCGAGGAAAAGCCCGGCAGCCAAUGAGGAGAUCGCGUUGCCUUCCAGGUGCGUGCGGGCCGAGCCGCGGGGGCAGGAACCGAAAGCAUUAACGGGCUUCGCUCACACAGGACAGGAUGGUGGCAAAGAUGGAGAGCUGCGGAGCGGCGUGUCUCCCGGAGGACGGAAGGGGAGACGUCCCUGCACUUGAAAAAAAAGAUAACCUGAUAGAAAGUGACGGCAGCAGCUCAGAAAACACUGGGACGUCCACUGAGGAGAGCUCAGAGGAGGAAGAUGAAGAGGAGGAUGGGGACGCUGGCUGUGCUCAGGAAGAUGGAGGAGAGGAAGAAAAUGAAGAGGAUGAUGCAGAGUCUAAAAAUGAUUUGGUCCCUGGACCCGAACCCGAUCUUUUAAAUGAUGAGAUGCUCUUCAAAUUUUGCUGUGAAAAAUGCAAAGCCAUCCAGCAGGGCUGCGGCAAUGAAGUCGUUACCCCCAGGAGGAUCUCUAAGGGCCGAUUUCAGGUGCAGCUGGAAGGGGAGGUCACAUACCAGUGCUCCGCCACCGGUCUGGUGUUUGAAGCAUCGGAGCGCGUGCUAGUGCGCUACUCUGUCUUAUCCUGGUCUAAGUUCAGUAACUUCCUCGGGGACUCCUGGAGAUUUGCUGGACCCAUCUUUAACGUGGACACGGUCAAUAAGGGCGCUUCUGUCCUCACGUCCAUUCAGUUCCCUCACUCCAUCUGCAUUAGCGAUUCAGAAAACGAGACGUCAUUCAGCGUCCUGCACAUGAAGGACAACCGUCCACUCAUCGAGCCGACGGUAGACCACUCGGGGAGCCACGUUAAGUGGAAUGUGACGUCCCUUUCGCCCGUGGGUCCCAUCAUUCCCAUUAGCCAGUCUGUAGAGCGCCACGGCGUGGUCCUGGUUUACUGGCUGUCCAGUAACAGCGGCAACAACAACAACAGCAGCAACAACACAUUCCACAUCUACCUGGCUCCCAACAGCUCAUCUGAGAUCCAGGAUAUUCGCAAACAAGUGCGUGGACACCGGAAUCGCUGCGAGCGGAUAGUGAAGCCUCCCCAAUGUAUACUGGAUGAGGGAACGUAUCGUCUUCUGAGCGAGCCAGAGGGAGAGAUCAAACCUCAGGAUUUGAAAUUCACCUUUGCAGUGACCAAGUUGAAAGGCUUCUUUGAAGCUUUCUUUGAGGAGCCUCCACCAUUCAAGUUGUCUCUUAUAGAGGUCAAAACUGAGACGACUGUAUGGUCCAGCACCAUCAGAGAAGAAGACUGUGUGAUUAAAACCGAAAAGAAGGAAGAAAGGAAGAGGCCUGACAGCAGAAAGAGGAAAAGCAGCUCAGAGGAAGAGAGAGACCCUAAAAGGACUCGGUGGCAGGACGAGUCUGAUGCAGUGACAACAGGAAGGACUUGGGCCCAGGACAUGACGGAAAAGCAGCUUCUGCAGCUGGCCAGGCAGCUCGGGAAAGAGUGGAAGCAAGUGGGCAUCUUUAUAGACUUGACAUCCAAGGAGGUGGACGACAUCAAGGAAGCGGAGUCGGAUACGACCUGGCAGAAGUACAAGAUGCUGGUGAGGUGGAAGGACAAACGGCAGCCGGGAGAGGCCACGGCUUACCACCUGUGGAAAAGUGUGGAGAACCUGGAUGAAUUGUCAAAUGAGUUUCAUCAAACACUUAAAGACAUGAUUGACAAUCCAGAAGCCAAGUGAAAGGUUUGCUUUAAACAGACUGUGUGAUGUGAAGAAAAAUAAAACCUCAGGAAUACAACAAAGCUGAGGGUGGAUAUGAACCGACAUUAGCUCAUCCUAGUUUGUGUUUCUCUGUUGAACAUUUGCUCUAAAUGGAACUGAUGGAUGGGACAGAGGAACAGUUAGCUGUCCCCUUAUUUUGUAGAAAAUGUAGUCCUUAAAUUCUGUAAUGAAUACAGAAUAGAAAAGCUGCACCUAAAGCUUCCCUUUCUUAGCCAGCAUGUGAUGCGUAGCAUUGUUGAGGACAAAAAGUGACCAAAAGAGAUAGGUCAUUGCAUUUUUUUGGUAGCUUAUUAUAUAGCCAGUAGCAUAUGUAAAUGUAGGUGAUGCAGUGUUUAAACUGCAAAAUAAUGGGGAAAAAAAUCCUACCGGUGCAUCUAAUAGUUUAUUUUUAAAACUUGUGUUUGUGGGACUUCAUGCGCAUUUGUUCACAUGACUGUCCAACGCGUGAAGCUAUUUUCUACCUUUUUUAUAUUUGACCUGUACAUAUCAAGUAUUUAAAACCUGUGAUCUAUUUUGUUGUAAAGUCUGUUUUUUUUGACAACUCGGAAGCUAAAGGAGUUGCUAGAGGUCCUUAAUUAUGUUCAUCUUAACUUGCAUUUUGAUUGACUUCCGCCCAGUGACACAAACACACAACUUGUUUUACUAUAAAUGUUGUAUACAAACAUUUUGCCAGCAUUUGGAUGCAGGUUUGAGUUGAACUUUUCUACCUGUGUUCUAUUCUUUUUUUUUUCAUGUUUUUAAGGUUUAUUUCACACAAAAAACUCUGAUGCAUUUGCAAACAUUUAACACAUUUUCGUGUGACACUGAUUCUAGACAUCUCUGUCUUCCGUGCCGAUAUGAAGCGGUAAUGUUUACAUUUAGAGAAGAGGGUUUCUUCCCUCAAACAACUUACCACCAAAAAUCAGUUAUUUCUAUCAUGUGUGAGUCUCUACAAGGAAUUGUGGAAUAAUUGUAAUAAGCAAACGUUGACUGAAUAAAACCUUUUGAGUUGUGAUGAAAUAAAA